AUGUACCGUUUAAUCGCCAUUCUACUUUUCGUCAACCUCGCGUCUUGUCAUUGGCAUCAUGAACACAACCAUGGAUGCGGUGAACAUGGCCACUGGAGACACUCAUGGCAUCACCGGCAUAACGAUGACAAUUAUUUCGAAAGGCUUGCUCAAUGCGUGAUCUCCGCUGACAAUCUUCUUAAGACCAGUUGUGCCCAGACGCAAGAAGAGGGCAUUGAAACAUUUAAAGAUUUGCGGAUUUUGCCAGGUUCAGUCAAGACGACCGAUGCUAAAUGGUCGGACGACCAAAUCACAUGCAAAAACCGUUACGCUGAACGAGGCAAGACAAUCACAGACAGCUUGUUUUUUCGGAUGGCUUAA